AUCUGCUCUGCACUGCAACCUCGAGAUUUCGCUGUCAUAGGAGUUUCCAAGGUCGGACGUGCUGUACAGCCUGAGUGGAAAGCUCUAGCCAGGUCCCUCGGGGUUCGUCGCUGCAGGAGAGAAGUUGACUCCUCAACGAGCCAGCGUAGCCGGAAAGCCAGACAGACUUUUGAUCGGCCACUUGCCUUACAGACAAGUGAGAGUUCCUCGGGAGGUUCUUAUCAGUGGCUUCCUCUGUAAGAUUCACGGCAUUCGCUUUUGACCGUCAAUUCUGACAGCCAGCUGUCUGUUCCACCCUUUUUCUGAAUCUAUUGCGAUAUUCGGCGGGGUUGGCGCGCUCGAUUAUAGUAUCCAGUUCAACCCGUUUCUAAUACUUCAGCGCACGAUCCCCAGAUGUUAUCGUUCGCGAGAUCCGAGCAGUGGUCGUGAAGCUCUCAAGUGGCUCUCUAGUUUUAGUGCCGCAACCGGCAAUCUGCUCUCUACUCUAUAUGCCUCCGCGUAGCUUCAGCAGUACCAAUAGAGAAGAAUUAAAGAAGUCUCGACUCUAUUCGACCCAGUUGUGAUUAAUAGGUGGCAGCUGAAUUGGCAGCUUUGGCUUAAUACUCGUUACCAGCAGGCUCGUUAUCACCAAUUACUGCCCAGCAACGAACGCUUCAGAGAAUGGAGGCGGCCACGUCGGCUCGAUCGCGACCGACGGCUCUAUCAGUGUCGGCAUCAGCUCCUAGCGAGGCCUCGGGAGUCGCGCACACGCGACGGCCGUCAGCCGGCAAUGUGCUCAGCGUCUCACCGAACAGCACCCCUCCCAACCGAACCCGGUCUCGCUCCCUCUCGGCUCUAGUAACGGCCAUGGGCGGCGGGAAGGCAGGCGGCGCCGGGAUUAGCGGGGGAGCUCGGCGGCACGCGACCUGGUCGGCGGUCCUGGUGCUUGUAACGAUGGUGGGCAUUGCCACGUGGGACUCAUGGCACGCCGUCAAUCGGAAGACAUGGUGGAGGAGAAGUCAACUUGUGCUUCUAGACAACGCAUCCCUCUCCUCCUCCGCCUCCUCCUCCCCCUCCUAUAGUCGCAUUUCGUCCUUGCAGACCCACGACGUACCCUUGCACAGCGAGCAAGGGGAUCUGAGUAGCCAGGUUGGAGUGAUGAAGUCGGCUCGGUCCCCCCUAAGUGGUGACUCGGUACUGGUACUAGCGAGCAGCUUGAAGAAAGGGUUAACUAGCCCGCCUAGUGCAGAAUCCCGUGAAGCAAAUGGGGACGAAGUCACUGGUGACUCUAUAGGUGGUGAUAGUGACGGUAGUGAUGGUAAGGAUAAUAGCGGUGGUGACACUAGUGAGGAUGGUAACGAAGUCGAAGCUGAUAGAGGGGGGGAGGAGGCGAGGGGAGGUGAUAAAGAAGGGGGUAGCGGAGACGAGGCGAGCGUUAUUUCAACAGGCAUCUUGGGAAGAAAAGGAGGGAAGGUGGUUGCAGCUGCGGCAGACGAGGCAGAAGCGAGCGAAGGGACAGAAGCGAGCGAAGGGACAGAAGCGAGCGAGGGGACAGAAGCGAGCGAAGGGGGAGAAGCGAGCGAAGGGGCAGAAGCGAGCGAAGGGACAGAAGCGAGCGAAGGGACAGAAGCGAGCGAAUUAAACGAAGAUACAGAUGCAGUAGAGACGGCCGAUACUGGUGGUGACUCCUCGAGUGUAGGGAGGGCGGUGGAAGAGGAGGUAUCUUCGACUUUGCAUGGUGUUUUUGAGAAUUCUCAAAAACACCCUACAGAUGCGGUAGAGACGGACGAUACUGGUGAUGACUCCUCGAGUGUAGGAAAGGCGGUGGAAGAAGAGGUAUCUACGGCAUCGGAUGCUCCUAAAGACGCAAGUGAUGCUCUCAAUGACGCGGAUGAAGCCUCAUCCACCGCCAGCAGCAGCCACAGCGCUAGAAGUAGCAGCAGCAGCAGCAGCAGCAGCACCGGCAGCAGCAGCAGCAGCAGCACCGGCAGCAGCAGCAGCAGCAGCACCGGCAGCAGCAGCAGCAGCAGCAGCAGAUCCAGCGGCAUCCCUUCCUCUUCCUCCGCCCUUACUCAGUCAACUCCGGAUUUCGCCACCUCUUCCCCUUCACUCUCCCCCGCCGCUCCCUCCGCCCGCUCCGCCCCCUCCGCCCCUGCCGCCUCCCCCGCCUCCUCCGCCUCCUCCGCCCCGCUGUGCGACCUGUACCACGGGCGGUGGGUGCGCGCGCGGCAGAAGCCGCUGUACUCGGGCAAGAAGUGCAAGUGGAUCGCGCCCAACUGGGCGUGCGCGCGCAGCAACCGCCCCCGCGAGAUGCGCAAGUACGAGCGGCUGAGGUGGCAGCCAGAGGGGUGCAACGUGAAGCGGUUCAGCGCAGAGGGGUUCUUCAGAAGGAUGCGCAACAAGCGCCUGGCCUUUGUGGGAGACUCUCUAGGCCAGCAGCAGUUCCAGUCGCUGCUCUGCCUGCUCUCCCCCCAAGGCCCCCCCAAGAACAUGUCCGACCCAUCCUCCCCCAUCCAAGACGUUGGCCGUGACUACGGGUUUUUUCAGCUGCCGGGCGCCCGCCGCCCGUCCGGGUGGGCGUAUAGAUUUGUUGAAUCCAACACUACAGUGAUCUUCCGGUGGACGACAUGCUUGUGCGAAAUCGAGCCGUUCAAUAAGGAGGAUUGGCAGCAGGGGCAGGCGAUGCACCUGGACCGGCCAGACACUUUCCUAAGAGACUUACUUAGGGAGCUGGACGUGGUUGUGAUGAACACGGGGCAUCACUGGAACAGGGGGAAGAUGAAAGAAAGUGCGCUGGAGUUUUUUCUGAAUGGGAGUAAGGUGCUGCCGGUGAAGAGGAAGCCCAUGGUCAUGGCAGUGGCACUGCGCACGGCAGUCCGGUCGGUGUCUGUGUGGAUCCAUGAGCAACUCAAAGGUGCCGGCAAUUCUCUUGCGCGGCUCAAGCCGGGAGAAGGAGUGGGAGAAGGACAGGAGCGGGAGGGGGAGGGGAGGGGGGAUGAUGAGGUGGAGGAUGGUGGGAGUGGAGGAAGGGAAGGGAGGGUGGCUUUGGAAUCUGUGGUUGAGCUCCCGGCUCUUUCGUCGCCUACAGGCACCGAGUUAAGGACAACGAUUUUCUCGACGCCAGACACCAAGCCGAUGGUGUUCCUGCGGUCGAUUUCUCCAAGGCAUUUUAUGGAGGGAGAUUGGAACUCGGGAGGGAGGUGCGACCAUCUCAAGCGCGCCUUUGGGAAUGCCGAGGUGGCCAAUAUGACAACACGGGAUGCUGAUAAGGAGGAUGGGGUGUCUGGAACGUCGGUCCACCUGCUGAACAUCACGCAUCUGUCAGCCUAUCGUGGUGAUGCGCACCCUGCUGCCUGGGAUCCUCGAUUUGAUACGCCCAAGGGGCAGGAUUGCCUUCAUUGGUGCUUACCAGGUGUUCCAGACACCUGGAACGAGCUGGUUUACACACAUAUUGUGGAGAGGGAGCGUAUAGAGAAGGAGGGAGUGAGUGUUAAAAAUAAAAAAGUCAUAAUUUAAUAUAGGCGUGGUAGGUUGUUACUGAACCUUUCUGUAGAGGGUACAAUCCCCUCCUUGUCCUGCUCUCUCUUCCUAAUCGUCUCUCUUCUUUCUCGUCAACUCUU